AUGGCGUCUGCUAACAUGGCACAAGAUCUCAGUGAAGUAGACACAGUUUUGCUUGAUAUUGAAGGUACAAUAUGCCCCAUAGAGUUCGUUAGAGCCACCCUAUUCCCAUAUGCUAUACAGGCAUUACCAAAAGUCCUUCGAGAAAAGUGGGAUGACCCAGAUUUCAAACCAUAUCGUGAUGCGUUCCCAGCAGAGGCGAGAGGAUCACCCGACGCACUAGAAGCACAUGUGAAGGACCUGACUGAACAAGAUGUGAAAAUCGCUUACCUCAAAAAUCUGCAAGGCUAUCUGUGGCAGGAGGGCUACGAAAAGGGAUCUUACAGCACACCGCUUUUCGACGAUGUUGUUCCAACCAUGCAGAAAUGGCACGACAAAGGUCUCAGCAACAGUAUCUAUUCAUCUGGCAGUGUGUUUGCGCAGAAACUUCUAUUUGGCCACGUCAAAGACAAAUCCUCCUCAAAUCCGGGCGCUUCAAUCAACAGACAAGACCUAAUUCAUGAAUGGUUCGAUACCGUGAAUGCUGGGCCAAAGACUCAGACUGGAAGUUAUGCGAAAAUUGCAGAAGCGCUGGUCAGAGAGCCUGCGAAGAUACUGUUUCUGAGUGAUAAUGUGACGGAGGUUCAGGCCGCGAUGGAAGCAGGUAUGCGGACGAUUGUUGUGGAGAGACCUGGCAAUUCACCGCUUCUGGACGAGGACCGUACAGUCUAUCAGGUCGUUCAGAGUCUCGACCAGAUAGACAUGUGA